CAAGAGGGUUGCCUCUAUGCAACUGUGAUUCGCUGGGAGGAAGUCUCUGACGGUUGUUUUUGCUCCUUCGCGUCAAAAGGGCCAGCUGAGGUGGUUUGGGCAUCUGAUUGGGAUGCCUCCUGGACGCCUCCCUUCAGAGGUUUUACCGCCACGUCCAACUGGUAGAAGGCUCCCGGAUAAGGAGAAACGAUGAUGGAUAACUUUAUGUUGGAAUUUUUCAAAAUUGACUCUGGUCUGCUUGGCCUCCUCACAUGGUUGACGGGGCAUAAGGAGGAGGAGGAGGAGAAGAGAGGGCAUCUGACUGGGCGCUGUUGCAGUCCAUCGACUGUUUUCUUCAGAGAGAAAGGUCAGAGGAUACAGUACGGUGGGACACCUGCUGAAGGUACGGUGUGAUGCUGAGACUGAUUGUAGUGAGGAGGCUGCGUGUCCAUCAUAUUCUGCACACUUGUCUUCUCCCAUCGGGUCGGAUGACACAACCUGGCUACGCACCGACAUGCUGCUGACAGAUGGGCAGGUCUCCACAUAAUGGAGCGAGAAUGAACAGAGAGCGGCUUAAAAAAAAGCAUGAACUGGAGGUUUAUUGAGGUCAUCUGCUUCCUGUUUAUAUGGGACCAUAUAACAGUUCAGGCUUCCCGCCAGGACCCGUUGGCCACUGAACAACAUGUCACCAAGCAAUAUGACUGGCUCAUCUCUGACCGUGGACCUUUCCACCACUCUCGGAGUUAUCUGUCCUUUGUGGAAAGAUUCCGCCAAGGAUUUACGACCAGAUAUAAAAUUUAUAGGGAAUUUGCACGUUGGAAGGUGAGGAACACAGCGAUCGAGAGAAGGGACCUGAUCCGGAACCCCGUGCCACUCAUGCCUGAGUUCCAGCGCAGCGUACGCUUGCUGGGCCGCAGACCCACUACUCAACACUUCAUCGACACCAUCAUCAAGAAAUAUGGAACCCACAUUCUCAUCUCAGCCACCCUUGGAGGAGAGGAGGCACUGACUAUGUACCUGGCCAAAAACAAGCUGGACAGGAAGCUUGCCAACGCUACUCAGAACGUGGAAGCCCUUCAUCAGCUGGCCUCGUCCUACUUCAUUGACCGUGACGGGACGAUGAGGAAGCUGCAUGAGAUCCAAAUUUCCACCAAUGCCAUCAAGGUGACAGAGACGAGGACGGGGCCCCUGGGAUGCAGUAGCUAUGACAAUCUGGACUCAGUCAGCUCAAUCCUUCUGCAGAGCCCUGAGAGCAAGCUUCAUCUGCAAGGUCUUCAGGUCAUUUUCCCAGAUUACCUGCAGGAGAAGUUUGUCCAGUCGGCCCUGAGCUACAUCAUGUGCAAUGGAGAGGGGGAGUAUGUGUGCAGUAACAACCAGUGCAUCUGUCAGUGUGCCGACGAUUAUCCACAAUGCAACUGUCCCAUCACCGACAUCCAGAUCAUGGAGAACACCCUGUUGGGGAUGUCUGAGUCCUGGGUAUCCUCUUAUAAAGACUUUGAGAACUCUGAUGAGUUCAAGUCCUUCCUGAAGAGGCUACCCUCCACUCACUUUCUGCCCAUCAGCAGUGUGCAUCUCCUGUGGGGCAGCGACUGGGACCUUCAGGCCCGCUACAGGCUCCUGCAGAGUUCCCUGGAGAUCCAGCGGCUCAAGAUCCAGCGCACCGCCCGCAAGCUCUUUGGCCUCAGCAUCCGUUGUCACCACAACCCCAACCACCAGAUGCCUAGGGAGAGAUCUGUGAUGCAGUGGCUCAACAGGGUUCAGUCCUUCCUCUACUGCAAUGAGAACGGGUUCUGGGGGACCUUCCUGGAGAGCCAAAGGACAUGCGUGUGCCACACAGGCGUCACGCUGUGCCAGCGACCCAUCCCGUGUGUCAUAGGUGGCAACAACAGCUGUGCCAUGUGCAGCCUGGCAAACAUCUCCCAGUGUGGCUCCUGCAACAAGGGCUACAAGUUGUACCGUGGUCGCUGUGAGCCCCAGAAUGUGGACUCAGAACGUAGUGAGCAGUUCAUCAGCUUUGAAACUGAUCUGGACUUUCAGGACCUGGAACUCAAAUACCUGUUGCAGAAAAUGGAUUCGCGACUGUACAUUCACACUACUUUCAUCAGUAAUGAGAUCCGACUAGAGACCUUCUUUGACCCUCGAUGGCGUAAGCGCAUGUCCCUGACGCUCAAGAGUAACAAAAACCGGAUGGACUACCUCCACAUGAUAAUCGGUCUAUCGAUGAAGAUCUGCCAGAUGCGAAAUAGCAGCAUUGACCCCAUGUUCUUUGUUUAUGUCAACCCAUUCAGUGGUAGUCACUCAGAAGGCUGGAGCAUGCCCUUUGGAGAACAUGGUUACCCGCGCUGGGAAAAAGUACGACUGCAGAACUCCCAGUGCUUCAACUGGACUCUCCUGCUGGGCAACCGGUGGAAGACCUUCUUUGAGACGGUGCACAUCUACCUGCGUAGCCGUGCUAAGAUCCCAACUGGCCUACGCAAUGACACAGGACAGGGUCCGGUGGAUCUCGGAGACCCUAACAAGCGCCAGAUCUACAUAAAAAUAUCUGAUAUUCAAGUGUUUGGCUACAGCCUGCGCUUUAAUGCCGACCUGCUCCGUAGUGCCGUACAGCAGGUUAACCAGUCGUACACACAAGGAACUCAGUUCUACUCAUCCUCAUCUGUUAUGCUCCUGUUGCUGGACAUUCGGGAUCGAAUUAACCGCCUUGCACCUCCGUCUGCACCUGGCAAACCCCAGCUGGACCUCUUCUCUUGUAUGCUAAAGCAUAGGCUCAAGCUCAACAACAGUGAGAUGAUUCGAGUAAAUCAUGCCUUGGACAUGUACAGCACAGAGAUUCUAAAACAAUCAGAUCACCUGACUGCUAAACUCUGUUGAACAUAAUAACACAAACACAAGGACGGCAAACUGAAACACCCAACAAAUGAACUAUGAGGGGAAAUUAAUCCUAAUUUUUCUUUCUCUUUUUCAUUUUUGGACCUUUUCUGCCUUUUGAUGUAAUAUUAACUUUGUAAGCAUAAUUCUUAAAGAGAUAAAGGAAAAAGGCAUUGAUGAAAAGCAUUUCAGAUAAGAUAACGAAGAUCAAUGGAACCACUAUAAAGACUGUAUCAUAUUUGUCCCAGCAUGUCUGUCAUUCCCUAAAAGAACUUAAAAGAGAGAGAAAAAAAUGAAAUAUAAAAUCUAUGUACUGGUGAAAAAGAGGCCUUGAUUUUACUCUGAGGGAUCAAAGGUUAUAUCUGAAACUGCCAUUGUUUACUGAGAAAAACAUUUUUAAAGUAAUAACGAUAUAACACAAGGGCAGACCAGAUAUCCUUUUAUUUCAGCUAAUGUGCAAAAUAUUUCAGAUAUAAUGGACCGUUUAAUAUUUAAAAAAAAAAAUAUUUCUACAUUGUAAGGAUUAAAUAGCCCUAGUGAGUAAGUAGGCAACACAUUACUUCUAGACUCUUUAUUACAUUUCAAACCCACAGCAAAUCUGCAUUGCUCUUCGUGAGCUAUGAGGCACUCUCUCAUAGUUCUGACACAUAAGGCACACAGCACGGCAGUAACGGAUCGUCAUGUCAAAUAACAAAAGCCAGCUGUUUAUAUAUAUACAUAUAUAUGUGGGUGAAUGUACGUGUGCGUGCGCGUGUGCAAAUGUGCGUGUACAUUUUCUUUGGCUUGAUGCUUAUUGCUGUUCGUUAAUUGAAUGUGUCAUUUGAGAUUUGACUCCAGUCUAAGCAAAAUCUUGCAUUUGGAGCGCUUCUUCCCGUGUUUGAAAUUCAAGCUGUGUUUUUCACAAGGCAGUACCUCCUGGUGCGUGAGUGCAAUAUUGUGGUCUGAAGAUUUAACAAUCAAUGCUAUUUUGUACAGCUUUGCAAAAUGUACAUGUUGUGACUGCUGAUUUGUGGAGCUUUUCAGCACCAAGAGCAAAAUGUAAACAUUCAUCAUUCAGACACAUUUGCAAGACAACUUAAAGCCAUACACUUCCCUGAGGUAGACAUACGGUAAGACAUAAAGUUCAUGACAAAAAGUAUGUACGUGAAAAAAAAUUUAAAAAAUGUUCCAUUUUUAUGGUUUUAUUUUAUUCUCUCAGUUUUUAGAUAAGAGCACAGCAAAAAGGGAGAUGACAAGGGAAGGCAUAUUAUGUUGGAUAAGAAUUGUGUUGUAAAGCCACUGAAUUUCUCUGUUGUGCCACAGGAAGAAAAAAAGAAAAAAAAAAGAAAUGGUUAUAUUAAAGCUUAAAAUACCUUUUUGGCAGUGUUUAAUCUGUAAGCUUUUUAUGACCACAUGUAAAGAUUUCCAUUUUUCUCUCAAGAUAUGGAAUUUAACCUUGUUUUUGCAUGUUGCUGGAAACAUCAACAGAGCUGCAACUGUGUUUAACACUCUAAAUCAUCAAACUGAAAUAUGAAAUACUACCUAUGUAUUGUCGGUCACACUUUAUUUGGGUAAUCUGAUGCUGAGACAUUGCUAUUGCUGUUUAGUUUUUGUAGGUCCACUCCAUUACCUGCAUGUUUGUUAACAACAACAAAGGCAAGGCCAGUCAUGUCAUACAACCCUGCUGUUCUAGCCGUUGGUGGGGUUGAACUUAAAAAAAAGAGGAGAUUUCAUUUUUGCUGCCGUGGCUCCCAAACUCUGGAAAAUCCUUCGUCCCAGUGUAAAAGCUGCCAGCCCAUUUGCAAGAAUUUAGACUAACGUCAAACAAAUGUUCUAUUCUUCAGAUUGUUCUGUUGUUUUUAAUGUCUGUUGGGUCUCUUAAUGUAGCUAUAGUUUGGUUCCCUUGGUACUUUUUGUUUCAUUUUGUGUUCUUGUAAAUAAUUGUUGUUCUUUUACAUUGUGAUGUCACUCGUCUUGUGGGGUCAGCUGAAAGCAGAGGCAUGUAAUACAGGAACAACCGUGGUGAGUUGUGACAUAAACAUGAACCAGGUUGCAAUUCCUCCAAUCCAAUACGUCUUGAAAACAGUGGUCAAAUUUUGGGGCAUCGAUUAAGCAAGAAAUUGCAGCAGCCCUGGAAUAAAACCUGUUUCUGAUUCUUACGGACGGAUCUUUGUCAGCUGCAGAUUUUACUGCAUCCACAAUCACAGCUUUGAUGUGCAUUCUUGCCGUGAUGUAACUGACAGAAUAAUCUCUGGCUUUGUGUGGCGAUGAUUAUCCUUAUCUUUUGUUUUGCUGUUGCUAGUCUUUUCGUGAAGCACAUUUAACUCUUGAGAGGUGCUUUAUAAAUAACAAUUUAGUCAGAUAUGUAACUAUGUUUCACUACAAAUCUCAUCAAUUUCAGGUGAUUCUGUAGUCUGGAAAAUAGUUUACCAAUUUCCAAUUUACGGGUUAGCGUGCGUAUAUGUGGUGGCUGGUUCAGGAUGACUGAGGCUCAGGUUGUCAGGCUCAGCUCUGUGUUUUCAAAUCAAUCUCACAGCACGAUACUUUCACCAGUCUAUUUCUUUUGUCAGGUCAAUACCUCAACAUCCGUAAAGGUGCAUUUAGUGAGUGAGCAGUUACCGCUGCAAUGCUAUUGUUUCGAAUUUGCAUAGGACGGCAGCACUGCCUCUAGGACAACAGCAGCAAGGGGAGAGAGAACCAGUGGAUACCUUUCAAAUGUAUUGUAUCGUGACCAAUCUGCUCGGGUGUAGAUGGUAACUGCAAGCUGUCUCAAAGCUCCUUGGUAUUGUUGUUUAUCAGGCCAAGUUAUGAAUUUUGAGCUUAUUUUCAGCAUGCUUAUGCUAAUUAAUGGUAGACUGUACACUUUUGCAAAUAUGUUAGGAUCCAUAGCAUUGCCAUUCUAACAUUUGCAUGCUAACAGUAUCUCCUAAUGGAUUCUUUCAAGAUGCCUGAGAUGGCCACAAGCCUGCAGUCAAUAGAUAUGCAGUAAAUUGGGGACUUGAUUGUUCAGCAUUAACAUUGGACUAUCCAAAUGAAUUGUUACAUUCUUAUUAUUUAUAUUAUUAUUAGUAUUAUUAAGUGCCUGUUAUCUAUCCCUUUAACACGUUUAGAGCUGGAGAAAACUUUUAGAUGUUAUACAGACGAGUGACACUGAAUUAGCUUCAGAAUUUAGGACCAUAAAUGCUGAUCUAAUAAACACUUUUCAUCUCCUCCUGAGAUCUACCCCUUUCAGAAGGUUUGUGCAUGUGGGGAAAUCAAACACCAGACAGAGGGUCAAAGGAUGACUUGAAGUUUUGGUUGACAUUUUUUGUCCCCUGUUGUACAAUGUAUCUGUAAAUAUGAACUCUGUUACAGUAACAACCUCUGCUACAGUAACAUUAUUAUAAUAAUAUAACAGUAUUGAAAGGGAAUACAAAGACUACUUUAAAAAAAAGCCCUCCAUUUGAGUACAUCAGCACAAAGUACAGGGCACUCAUGUCAAAUGUAUCUAAUUAGAUUCAUGACAAUGUAUGACUGUUUUUAUAUUGUCAAAACAUUCUGUACAUUACGAUUUAGUUUUGAGCCACCGCAAGGUCCAUAAAACAAGCACAUUUACUCGUAUGGCAUUAUGCUACCACAGUGUUGCUUACAUGUAUCCAUGGAUAUGUCUGAAGAUUUUUACACCUAAUACCUUGCCUAUGUACUUUUUUGCUGUUCUGUUGACACCAUUAUAUCAGCUUAUUUCAAAUGAAUGUUUCAUAUAAUAAUCUAUUUCUCAUUAAAAGGCUAUAUUUAA